UGACUGCAAUAAGAGUUUUCAUGGGAAGUGCGUCAACCUAUCCGCCGACGACGUGAACUACUUGUUGGAUCAGGGCGACGUGUGGCGAUGCACGCCGUGCUCCCAGCUGCGACGCAAGAGUAUGGUGCUCGAAUCCAAAUCCACUGUCACAUAUGAUGACAUUUUUAAACUAGUCAACGAGCUCAAGGAAGAUAUCAAGCGUGUGGAAACUAGUCUCGGCACUUCGUUAAACUCCUGUCACGAAGAGCUAGCUGAAACUAAAAAAAGUACAGGACCAGAAGGAGGAAAUCACGAAACAGACUUCCAAGACAAACCGUUCGUAGAGUACUUGAAGUCGAAGAAGUUGACACCCAACCUGAUCCACUACGUGUUGUACGCUAUUGCCAUGUCCUCGGAGCAGACUCCCUGCAUGGAGGGUGUCGAGCGCACGCAGCGCUUCCUCAACAGUUUGGGCCGUUACGGCAACACACCGUUCCUGUGGCCGAUGUACGGCAGUGGCGAAUUGCCGCAGUGCUUCUGCCGACUGUGUGCCGUGUUCGGCGGAGUCUACUACCUGAAGCGGGCCACACACGGGGUGAUAGUGGCGGCCAGUGAUGGCGGCAAGUGUACUGGCAUCGUUAGCAGCCAGCAGCGGCUCAGCACCCAGCAUCUGGUGAUGGGCUUGACCAGUGCACCCAAACAGUUUCUCAAGGCGGCGCCCACCCAGGGGCUGUCCAGGGGCAUUUUCUUGAUUGACAGAUCGAUUCUGCCAGCCGAGAAAGAGACGCUGACCCUCCUGCAGUUUCCGCCAUGCGAGGGAUCUCCUGAGCCAAUCACUGUGGUCGAGGUUGGCCCAUCAACUAAUGCCUGUCCUCAAGGCCUCUUUGUGGUGCACAUGACUUGCAAACAGCAGAAGAGUGCUGAGGAGGAUUUGGCGGUGGCCGUUUCGAAGCUGUUCCACUUGGAGUACUGCGACGGCACAGUCGACCGCAUCGACACUGACACCCAGGCCACGCAGACUGCCAAGACUGAACCGUGUGAAGGUAGCGAGGAGGCGGAUGGCGCUUCACAGGACACAGCCCGCCACAAGCCACAACUGUUGUGGUCGCUCUACUUCAACUGCCCGGAGACCAACAGCUGCCAGCUGUCUGCUGAUGUGCCCGCCAACGUGCAUCUCUGCUGCUCGGGGCCCGACCUCGACCUCGACUUUGAGUAUGCCGUCAAACAGGCGAAGGAAAUCUUCACGAAAAUGUACCCGGACAGCGAAUUCCUUCCGCGCGCUCCUGAUCCAGAAGAAAUAGUUCUGGAGGACGACGAAGCUCCGGGUCCAGCCUUCAAGGCCGAAUCUGAAGACAUCAAUGAAGAAAACAAGUAGAUUUCGCAACAUUUUCACGCAAACAAAUUCAACUACAAGCUUCAAUCGUGACACUUUACAAUUUACACUUUUUGUGAUGUUUGAGUAUUUAUUAUUAUUAUUAUUACUUUA